AUGACGCAGCAACACGAGGGCAGUGAGAUUGGAUACAAUGGAGAAGUAAAGUUUAAAUAUAUCUCAGUUGAACGUAUAAGUAAAGCAUGGCAGAAUAAUAAUAUACCUAUGUAUUAUAUUGUGUACGUCAAAAAACUUUAAUAUAUUCUCUAUAAUAUACCGUCUUUAAAAAUAAAAAAGUAUUUAUUUAGUUUCUCGUCGGUGUGAAGAGAAGAAACUAUAUUGGUAGGUGUAUAUGUAUUUUAUCCGUAAACAUUUUUUUUUUUUUAUUUUGUAGCUGCAGGAGUAUUGCACUAAAAAACUUUAAUAUACUUCCAUAGACUCUACAAAGACUCCAUAAAUUUAAAACUCAACGUAUAUAGACCACCGUAGUUUAUGUAGUUAAUAUGUGAUUUUUUUGAAUUUUAUUUUCCAAGAAAGUUUUCAGAAAAAAAAUAGUAUCGUAUUUUUAAAUUUAACUAUCUAAUUUUGUCGUGGUUCUAAUUGAAAAAUAAUCAAAUAAUUUUACAGUAUUUAUUUAUUAUUUCGCGUGCCCAAUGAACGGAGAAAAAAAUGACAAGGAACUAGAAUCACUGAGUCAAAAACUAAACAUCGGAAGGGCAAAUAGGAGAAAGAAAUUGCAACGAUAAGCAAAACACGUUUGAAGACUUUGCACAGCGCCGUAAAUGAACCCAAUGCAGAAAAAAUCCCGAAAAUGAUCGUGAAAGGGAUGGUAAUACUUAGUCCAGAAAUAUAUGGAAAAACAAUCAUUAGAAUCAGAUUGAGAAACACUCGGGUCUAAUUUUUAGGUGGUUUUAUUAAUUUGUUGAAGAAGUAGAACUUCGACAUAAUAUUAUGAAUAUAAAAUCAUUUUUUAAAUUGUUCGACUAUUUCUAGAUUUUUUACAUAUUUUUAUAAAAAAUUUUUUUUUAUUAUAUAUAAAAUUGAAUUUCAAUGGUUCUCAUUUAUAUAUAUACAUAUGUCGCAUCCAUAUCAAGUUAUUGUCCAAUUCGUGAAAUAGACAAUGUUUGCAUCGAUUUCACGAAAUAGAACUUAGGUUUUUCCACUUCGUGUUAUUACAUAGCAUGAAUAACAUUUCGCGAAAUGGAUACCUAAACUUUACACUAAGGAACUUGUUCCAUCAUUUGGAUGUCCAUAACGCUAAAUAAUAAAUUAUUAUUAUUAUUUAUUUAAACCUUAUGUAUACCAAGGGUUUUUGAUCGUUAUGACAAUAUUCUUAUUGGUUGAUCAUAAAUAACGAUCACAAAAUUAAUUUUUAGUUUUAUCUACUGUAUAAACAUUAUUAUCGGCCAACAACUGUCGCUAUUUCGUUCCAAAGGUGGAUAGAGGCCCUACAGAUCCAACGGACGUUAUUGCAGUAGUGAUAAAACAUAAAAAUGAUCUCAACCGUUUAGGAUCUGAACAUGGUAUUAUAAAGGGUUGGCACGGUUCAGAAAAUAUUCAAUCAGCCACAUCAGAGUUCACUAAUAUCGACCAAGUAAAGACAAAAGAAAUGACAAUCAGAGAAAUUGUAUCAUCUUUAACAGGAGGUCAUGGAUUUUUUUUAGCUGUUACUUUAAAAGGAAAUGUACAACAAAAAAAAAUGUGCUUGUUUUAA